GUCGCUGGGGCAUCCGUACAGCCUGGUCUUCAACAGGUAUUCUUGAAAAUUUCCACGAUGCCUUUCCCCGUUUGGUUCAACCUCCUCCUGCUGUUCCCCGGCAUCAGUACGUCGAAGACCUGCUUCCCAGGAUGCCACUGCGAAGUGGAGAGUUUCGGUCUCUUCGACAGCUUCAGCCUAACCAAGGUGGACUGCAGCGGCAUCGGGCCCCAUAUCGUCCCUGUCCCCCUCCCUUUGGACACCACCUCCUUGGAUUUAUCGUCGAACAAACUGGAAUCCAUCAACGAGUCCGUGCUGACGGGCCCCGGCUACACCACACUGGUCAGCCUCGACUUGAGCAACAACCGAAUCUCCGGGGUCACGUCCGCCACGUUCUCUCGACUCCGGUAUCUCGAAUCUUUGGACCUGAGUCACAACUCUCUGGUCACCCUUCCGGAUGAAUGCUUCUCCAAGUCUCCCCUGGGGGACGUCGACUUGAGUAACAACCUUCUCCUGGAGAUAUCGAUGAACGUCUUUGCGUCGCAGGGUCAAGGGAAACCGAUCAACGUGGAUCUCUCGAACAACUUAGUAAGCGCGGUUUUAAGGCACCGGGACAAAGCUGUCCCGAAUAUUCAGAGCUUGAGUCUGUCUGGAAACCGGUUGAGAAACAUCCCGAACCUUCAAGGGAUACCUCUCCGGUACUUAAACCUUGAUGGAAACCCAGUGUCAAUGAUUGAGAAGCACGCCUUCUCCGGGCUGAAAGAUUUAAUCCAUUUGUCGCUCAGCGGUCUUCACGAUCUAUCGGCGAUCUCUCCCUACGGCUUCAAAGACCUCCCCGCUCUCCAAGUCCUCGAUCUGUCCAACAACCCCAGCCUCAAAUCCUUGGAGGCUGAAGUUUUUCACAGCCUAAACUCUUUGCAAGAGCUCAACCUGUCCGGUACGGGCGUGGCCGCUUCGUUGUCGAAAGCCAUGUUGAGAUACCUGCCUUCCAUCAAGAGCAUUACUUUGGGGAAGGACGUCAAGUGCCUUAAGACCAUCCGCGAAGGCCAGUACCACAGACAGACGGGGCUGACCAAGAAAGAGAUCCUCAGCUGUCACGACAGUCAAGGGUCGGUCGCGAUAGCCCCCUACACGUUGUGACGGGGGCCGGGGGCAACGUACGAAUACCCGGACUGGAAUACACACGUGCGCUUGCAGAAAAAAAUAAAAAUCCAA